CCCCGCUAUAUUGAACCAUGUCACUGCUCCUACUUCGUCAUGCCGGUCGACAGGACAAUUACUAAGGGACUCUUGCCAUGAGACUUAUAAAUACUCUUUGCAUUUCAAGCACAUCUUCAAACAUCUUCCCACAAGUCCCUUGAGCCCUUCCGAAACAAUGUCCACCAGAACAGCCCAAGUGGAAGAAUACGGCUGGGGUGCCGUGCCCAUAAACCCCAAGGAGUUCGCUCCUACCAAGGCCCCAGCUGCCCAGCUCGUCAAAGACACCCCCCUCCCCGACACUCAGGUCUCCAAAGCAGCCCUGGAGUACGCCAAGACAGAGCUCCCAGCGCAUACCUUCAACCACAGCUUGCGCGUUUUCUACUACGGCCUCGCAAUCGCCAGACAACACUUCCCGACCUGGAAGUUCAGCGACGAAACCUGGCUCCUCACCUGUCUGUUCCACGACAUCGGGACUAUCGACAAGUACACCCGCGACGUGUUCAUGUCCUUUGAUAUCUACGGCGGUGUUGUGGCCCUGAACGUCCUUAAGGAACAUGGUGCUCCGUCGCCGCAGGCUGAGAGUGUGGCAGAGGCUGUUAUGCGGCAUCAGGAUUCAGUGAGGGUUGGGACGAUUCAUACGGUUGGGUUGCUGAUUCAGUUGGCUACGCAGUUUGAUAACAUCGGUGCUCACAAGGAGUAUGUCCAUCCCAACACCGUGAAGGAUGUCACUGGCCAUUAUCCGCGCCGCCAGUGGUCCAAGUGCUUCUCGAGUAAACUGAGGGAGGAGAUUGGGCUUAAGCCUUGGUGCCAUACUACCGCAGAGGGGGAGAGCUUCCCGCAUGAUAUUGAGCAUAAUGCUCUGAUGGAGCCGUAUGAUGGACUGUUUUAGGUCAUUAUAUGGUAUCCAAGCAUGUGUAGAUUGUUAUGUGUCAUAGGGAGCAUAGUGAGAAAGAAUAAAUAUCUUGACGUUCAUAGAUGUGAACAUAAUCACAAGUGCCAUAAAUAAACUUUAAAUGGUAUCACAGGAAAUAAUCAGCAACAGGUUUCU